GGCUCCGCUGCGGUAGGCGGACGACUGGAGCUGUUGGGCCCGACACUACUCGAAGGAGCAGGGAGAGCGCGGGACGCGAGUGAGGAGCUCGGAUCUCGGAGCGUGGCUAGGGGCAGGCGUGAUGGGCGGAGAGCAGGAGGAGGAGCGGUUCGACGGCAUGUUGCUGGCCAUGGCGCAGCAGCACGAGGGCGGCGUGCAGGAGCUUGUGAACACUUUCUUCAGCUUCCUUCGACGCAAAACAGACUUUUUUGUUGGAGGAGAAGAGGGGAUGGCAGAGAAGCUCAUCACACAGACCUUCAACCACCAUAACCAGCUGGCACAGAAGGCCCGGCAGGAGAAGAGAGCUCGGCAGGAGACUGAGCGGCGGGAGAGGGCGGAGCGGGCAGCCAGGCUGGCCGAGGAGGCCAAGUCCGAGACCUCUGGGCCCCAGAUCAAGGAGCUGACUGAUGAGGAGGCAGAGAGGCUGCAGCUGGAGAUUGACCAGAAAAAAGAUGCAGAGAAUCAUGAGGCCCAGCUCAAGAAUGGCAGCCUUGGCUCACCGGGGAAGCAGGAGGCUGAGGAAGACGAGGAGGACGAGGAGGAUGAAAAAGACAAAGGGAAACUGAAGCCCAACCUUGGCAACGGGGCCGACUUGCCCAAUUACCGCUGGACCCAGACCUUGUCAGAACUGGACCUGGCAUUGCCCUUCCGUGUGAACUUCCGGCUGAAGGGGAAGGAUGUGGUGGUGGACAUCCAUCGGCGGCACCUCCGGGUGGGGCUCAAGGGGCAACCGGCAGUCAUUGACGGGGAGCUCUACAACGAGGUGAAGGUGGAGGAGAGCUCGUGGCUCAUCGAGGACGGCAAGGUGGUGACGGUGCAUCUGGAGAAGAUCAACAAGAUGGAGUGGUGGAGCCGCUUGGUGUCCAGUGACCCUGAAAUCAAUACCAAGAAGAUCAACCCUGAGAACUCCAAGCUGUCAGACCUGGACAGUGAGACCCGCAGCAUGGUGGAAAAGAUGAUGUACGACCAGAGGCAGAAGUCCAUGGGGCUGCCCACCUCGGAUGAGCAGAAAAAGCAGGAGAUUCUGAAGAAGUUCAUGGAUCAGCAUCCUGAGAUGGAUUUUUCCAAGGCCAAAUUCAACUAGGCCCUGUGUUUGCCUCCCUGAACUCUCGGGGCUGAGCCCCCAGCCAUCCACCUUCUUUUCCUACCCUCCCCUGGGACUUGGGGGCCUCAGGGCUGGGGCAGGCACGGGACUGGCUCAGGCACACUGGUCCCAGGGCAUCAUGGGAGAAGGGCUGGGGCCUUGUGGGGGGUGUCUUAUCUUCCCCGGUUGGCCUACUGUUACACAUUAAAACUAUUUACUCCACCUGUGUCUUCUCUUCCCUCUGGCCUUUCCCUGGGG